ACCGCCAACCAAGCAGUGUGUUCAGGCUUGUGCCAACAGUACGACGUCUAGACGCUGUGAUUGGGAAGGAUAGUGGUUAAGGUUCGGGUCUAGGUUCGGAUCAUUUCAAACAGUCAUCAUGCCUACCCCUACGCUGUAUUACUUCCCGAUGAGCCCACCGGCUCGUUCGGUGUUGCUUUUGAUUAGGGAGCUUGAGCUGCCCAUGAAUCUGAAGGUGGUUAACCCAAUGGCCGGCGAAACGCGUACCGAAGAGUUCAUGCGCAUGAACCCGCAGCAUACGAUUCCGACGCUGGAUGAUAAUGGCUUCUAUCUGGCCGAAUCACGUGCCAUUCUGUCGUAUCUGAUCGAUGCAUACCGUCCGGGGCAUACACUCUACCCAAACAUCCCCAAGGAAAAGGCCCUUAUCAAUCGGGUGCUGCAUCACGAUCUUGGCUCGUUCUAUCCGAAGUUUUUCGGCACUAUUGGUGCAUUGUUUUCGGGCACGGCUACGGAAAUUUCGGAAGAGAUGAAAACCAACGCCCAGAAAUCGUUGACCGAUCUGGAGAACUACCUGGUCCGGAAUGAUUACUUUGCGGGGGAAAAUCCCACCAUCGCGGACCUAUCGCUGCUACCAACGAUUGCUUCGGCUGUGCACUGUGGGCUAGAUUUGACUAACUACAAACGGUUAAAUACUUGGUACGAAAGCUGCAAAAGCUUGAAGGGCUUCCAGGAAGAUCAGGAAGCGGCCCGGCAGGUUGGCGAGUAUCUGCGCUCCAAAUUUCCGGCCGGCUUGGAACCAUUAAACUAGUGUCACCGGUCGAAAAAAAAACCUGGACUUAAACCAAGAUGUCGCAAAGUGUGCAAGAUAAUGAACCAAUAUCGGUCCAGCUCGAUGACGUCUUGUUGCGGCGAUGAAAGGGAAGAUAAGAGGCAGGUGUUGUUAAAGAUUUACUAGGGCAUGUGUGUUACUUACUGGUUGGAGUUGGUAUUAAUAAAGGUGUGUGUUUUGUGGUAGUUGUGA